AUGGAGUUCUGCGUUGAGAUUCCUGCCUUUUCUCCUCCUAAGCAUGCAACCACCAUUCCCUAUGGAACCGAGUGGCGCGAAGAGUUGACGGGCGUACAGUUGGUCGAUGCCCACUUUCCCAGAGUACGCAGACUCCGUGCUGGUUGGAAGCUCGUUCCUGAGGAGCCGACGUCAGGGAAAUUAAUUUGUUCCCCUCACCAUCUCAAGAACAUUCCUUUUGUUCUCGACGAGCCCACGGUUGCCACCAUCCAAAACGCGGCGAAAGAGCUUAAAAAGAGCACAACCCCACACUGGAUCCAUUUUUAUACUGCAGGAUCGGGAUUUUACCUCCAAAUGAGAUCGAACACCCACAUCGACUUUUGGACUCUAUCAGAGAUAGCUGCGACCGAUUAUUAUCGACAGAGGCUGUCGACGAUGAUUGCAUGGCUCAAUGGACCCGUGAAAUCGAUCAACACGGAUCUCUACACAUAUCUCAUAACGUUUCUGGAGACACAUAGAUUGCAAGACAGCCUCCCCAAGCCCCUGGAUUAUCAGGCCAUCUUGAGUUUUGCCGGCAAUCAGUGGUUGAGCGGCGAGGCCCUGGAUGGAAUCGCAUGUUAUUUCCAACGCGAAUUGGGUAUCAGCCCACAAGGACAACGCACCUUGUUCGUCGCCUCAUCAACGAUACAGCACUGGACGUGGCAAUGGAACAUCAAUCGAACAAUCGAGAAGGACAAGAAGGUUACAGCUUUUUUCGAGGCGGGGCGUCCAGAUAGAGUGUAUGCUUUUGCACUCAUCCGGAGCAAUCAUUGGAUCUUUUACCGAAUCGACGCUGUUGCCCGAACCUUGUCAGUUGGUGAUAAGUCUAGCGCCAAGCUGGAUCAUCUAAAGUAUGCUGAAACUACCGGGGCUAUCAAGGCCUUUGUUAAGUUAUACUUUCCUACUUGGAAGGAAAUCGACAACGCCCCUCUUGCCUUUAUCAAGGUGCCCAGACAGGAUGGGGUCUCGUGUGGAAUUAUUGCCGCAUUUGCAGUCGAACAUGACAUUCUCUUCAAGAACGGGUGCCAUGGAUGGGAGGAAAAGAACAUUCCGAUUUAUCGAACCGCUUAUUUGGCGCGGGUCAUAGGCUAUGAAAAGGCGCAAGGCUUCCCCCUCUUGACCAUCAAGUCUGCACCCAAGGUAAUGGAAUGA